UCAUAAACAAACUAAACGUAUUUUUAUAUACGAUUUACAAGAAUACUUUAUACUUGACACUACAAUUUGAAUUCUGGUUUAGCUUUACAACAAUUGUAGCUCAUGUAGAUUUUAUGAUGAAAUUUGUUGUAUUUAAGAAGAAUUGACACUUCUUAACAUGGUGGAUAAAUCCUAUGAUGACAACACGACUGUUAAAGACUUGGCUGUGGCAAGUAAUGAAACAAGUUCUACACUACAGCCUAUGGGCUUGAUCCCACUUUAUUUUCCACCAAUAAAGAACAAUAAAACAGCAUUAUUACCUUCAAAUCCAAAUGGAUUUUCCAAUCUUGGUUUCUCUUUUUUACCACCAAUAUACCAACAAGCAGAACAUUAUGGCAGAAGACAUAAUUUUACUGAUGGCCAAAUUAAUGCGGAGUUAAAUCUUAUUAUUCAAGAAGUAGUCACAGAGCAGGUGUUGGAUUUAUUUGAGGAGGUUCUUGUGGAAGGAGUGGAGCCUUCAUCAGAAGCAAAAAUGAAGAUUAAAGCUGAGAAGGAAGCUCAAUUAGAAAGGGUGGCGAAAGCUCUUACUAUUGACUUAAUUGAAGAAGUAAUUCAAGAAGACAAGCGAGCUAGUGUGCUUGAGUUUUUCGAUGAAAAAAUCGCAAACCAUCGUCUCAGCUAUAAAACCCAGAACUUUGCAGAGUCAUUGUUUCGAGAAUUAGAAACAGAAUUGGUGGAGGAAGUAAUGCACGACGUGCUUGAUUCGUUUGUGUGCGGUGAAGCAUGUAUUUCUGUUAUACAUGAGGUCGUGUAUGACGAGACACAAACGUUAGUGCAAGACACACUUAUGCAUUAUGGGGCAAGAGCAGCGUUUUCACAAUACAAACAAAUAAGCAAGUAUGCUGGUGAUUAUAUUCUGGACAGCAUGUGCGUCCAAUCUCUACUACCUCAACAAAGCAAACCUUCUGACGCUCUCACUCCAAUCCUUGACCAUUUAAUGGUUCAAGUUUUACUGCACAACAUGCUGAAGCAUGACAGUGUGAAAGAAGAAACUUGUUUGCCCUUGCAGUGGUAUCAGAAAAAGCUCAUUCUCGGAGUUAUGUUUGAUGAAACACUUUCCAAACUAUGCACCUCCUUGGAAAAUUUAACAACUGAAUCUUGAAUCUUAUUUUAGCUUAUAAUUUAUACACCAUUCAUUCUUUUCCUAAUUCCUGCAAGAUCACUGUAGAGUAUUGAAAAGUGUUAAAAGCACAAUUUUUUCAUUAAGAAAGCCAUAAUUAGCAGUUGUGAUAACAAUUUGCCAUAUAUUUUUACUGUUUGUAAAUGUUUAUCUUUUUUAUAUACUGAAACAAAUUUUCUACAUGUAAAGUUUGCAUUCUGUAAUAAAACUCUCAAA